ACUGAACAUCUGCCAACUUCAAUCGGCAUCAGUUGUCAAACAUUGGCGCUCUAAAAUUUUAUCUGAAUCGUAAAAUGUUUUGAAUUUAUUCGAAAAAUAAAAUUAAUUCUUUAAAUAUGAACGAUGCAAUAAGAUUUCGAGAAUAUCAACGUGGUAAUUCUAAUUUACGCAAUUAUGAUGUUGCCUUGCGACGUCUUCGUGUUCACGAAAGUGAUCAAUGGAAGGGUAUUGCACCACCACCGAUAGCUUAUGACUUCAAUCCUGAGCCACCCAUUUUUUCGUCGAAAUUCGCCAAUUUUGGACAAAAUAAACACAUUCUGGCCAUUUCUAAUGAGGAAGGCAUGAUUGCGUUGCAAGACACUAAUUUGAAGAAAAGUGCUCCGGAGAGUGAAAAAAUGCUAAUUGGACAACAGUGUCACAACAAUGCCAUCUUUGAUUUGGAAUGGAUGCCGGGCGAUAUGAAAUUUGUAUCAGCAUCAGGUGAUCAUUCAGCCAAACUAUGGGACGUGCGUGAUUCAAACUUCGUUGAAUCUCGUGUUUUUAAAGGACAUAGCCGCUCAGUGAAAACGGCUGCAUUUCGUAAAACCGAUUCGGCUGUUUUUGCGACGGGAGGUAGGGAUGGUGCAAUAUACAUUUGGGACACACGAACAGUUUCGCAUGUUCAUACGAUGCGAGCGGAUAAUUGUAUCUUAAGCGGGCAUGCGGCUGGUCCAGGAACACCACAGUCACACAAGAAACGGACAUCAACAAGAGUUACGCCGAAACUACAGCCAACUAUAUCUACAAAUAGCAUCACCGGUCUAAUAUUUCAGGAUGAUGAUUCGCUUGUGUCGUGCGGGGCUGGCGAUGGAAUAAUCAAAGUGUGGGAUCUUCGACGCCACUAUGGCAGCUUCAAAAAAGAGCCUCUACCGAAAUUUAGCAUUCCAUAUCCUGGUACAUCAACAUCGAAAGGCUAUUCAAACCUCCUGAUUGACAGUUCCGGUCUCAGACUGUACGUCAAUUGUUUAGACAAUAACAUUUACUGCUACAACUUGGCCACAUACUCACCGAAGCCAAUAAUGCAAUAUGUAGGCUUAGUCAACAAAUCAUUUUAUAUUAAAUCGUGUUUAAGCCCAGACGGACAAUAUCUACUUAGUGGAAGUAGCGAAGAGAAAGCGUACAUAUGGAAUGUGAACAAUUCACAGCCGUUGGCGACACUGUGCGGCCAUCGUGCCGAAGUAACAUGCGUGGCAUGGAGUCAAACGAAAGACUUACGAGUUGUGACUUGCAGUGACGAUGCAAGGCAUAAAGUGUGGCGAGUCGGUCCGGAAUUUAUCGACAAUGAUCAAAGCGAACUGUAUCCAUGCUAUACGGAAACUGUUAACGAGUACAUGGCAAAUAAAACCAAAGUUCGGCUUAAGGGAUUGUUGAACACACCGCGGUCGUUGAAAAGACUCGUUGAACGAAAUGAAACCACACCCAGUACGACAGAAUGUUUCGGUACUAAACGAAGUUUUCAUGAUAUGGCCUACGAUUUGCACUGUUACGAAGGCAACGAACCCAAGCGGCAACACAUUGAAACAAGAGGUCGAAGACUUUUCAGUCCACCAUCUACUUCUACUGGUUACUUAGGUCGUGUCAGUGAAUUUGGAUGUUCAGCGAAUUUGGCUUCGAUUUUGGAAGAGACUGAACUACAAUCGGAACAGGUAUCGAGUUUACGGUCUCCCAGCAAGUACGAAAAUUCCCCAACGAAACAGCAAAAUCACAAAAUACUGUUGUCUCCGCUGAGCGAACGGCUCAAUCGAAACUUCAUGUCACCGGAAAUGCCAGGUUCGUCGUCAUCGAUGGAUCCCGCUAUAUUUUCGCCCACGCACAAUUUGCCAAACUAUGUCGUCAGUGGUGAGGCUCCACAUUUGAUAGCACAAUCACCAAAGCGAAAACUGAAAGAAAACGUGAAAAGUGAUUGGUUGACAACGAUGCGGAAGCAGAAACUGAUGAAUUCAACAUCGCUGAACCGACAAAUGACCGCCAAGCUGACUGAUCCGGCCGCACACAAUUCCGAUCUUCUUCCGGAUGAGAGUUUAAUGUCACCCCGAUCGGUGAAGUCAUCGGAUCAUAGUCCUCGUGUCUAUCCUGUACCCAAACGACGAACGUCACGGAGUGGAUCGAACGAUUCCCUAGCGCCACGAACACCUACAAGUCGACGACAGUCGAUCUUAAAUUUUUUUUCUGUUAUGCAAAGUCCUAAUCAAAGCACAUCUCGAAUUAAAAGUUAGUGUUACACGAUGUAUAAUGU